AUGGGAAAUGAUCGCGAUAUUGCCUACGGUGGCUGCACCCUGUCUAUCGCAGUCAACGCAGCAUUUCAAACCGUUUCCUCCGGCUAUCAUCUAUACUCAGUCCUAGGCAAUUAUCUUGGUCCCGCAUUGACCAAUCGAAAAUUGCACUGCACGGUUCGACGUGUUCGAGACACGAGGACAUUUGCAACUCGACAGGUGGACAUCACUCAAGAAUACGAGAAUAAUACCCAACGGCCAUGCCUUACCAUAAUUGCAGACUUCCAAGUGCAAGAGCGAGGGUCCAUGCUGACCUACUCUUCGCCCCCGGUAGCGAAAUACUCGGAUAUCGAUUCAAGCCCUACAAGACAGAACAAUUGCGAAGCAUUUCUGCGGACCGGAGAUGUAUCGUCAGAGAUGCUUCAGAGGCAUGACACCCUCUUUGGCCUCAUGUCACGCUUCUUUGAACAAAAGCCGAUACCUGACGGUGUGACGAACCAGACACUCCACGGAAUUGGAAAACAUCUGAGAACAACUCAAGACCACCUGAGUCUCACGUCCAAGACAUCUGCGGAAUGGAUGCGGAGCAAAUCCCACAUUGAAACCGAAUCGCAGCAGCUCAGUGCCCUUGCCUUCUACAUGGAUGAAGCGCUUGCAUUUUUACCUCUUACCCAUAGUCAUCUAUUUUUUGAGGAUGCUUCAGCUUGCGCUAGCCUGGAUAUCGCUCUGCGCUUGUUCUCAAAUAAAAUUGAUCUAAACGAAUGGCUGUUAAAGGAAAUGAAGACGAUCAGUGGGGGAGAGGGAAGGACCUAUAGCGAGGCGCGAUUAUGGGAUCAGAAUGGUAAUCUAGUCGCGUGUAUGACGCAACAAAAUAUCCUUCGACCCCACAAGCUAUAA